AUGGAGACCGGCGCCCGUCCACACCCGCUGCGCCUGUUGGUCUGCCUGAUGCCGCUCUGUCUCGCGCUGCUUUUGGGACCCGGGCGGCCCGGCACGGCCGAAGAAGUCAUCCUCCUGGAUUCCAAAGCCUCCCAGGCUGAGCUGGGCUGGACUGCACUACCAAGUAAUGGGUGGGAGGAGAUCAGCGGUGUGGAUGAACAUGACCGUCCCAUCCGCACCUAUCAAGUGUGCAAUGUGCUGGAACCCAACCAGGAUAACUGGCUGCAGACCGGCUGGAUCAGCCGCGGCCACGGGCAGCGCAUCUUUGUGGAACUACAGUUCACACUGCGUGACUGCAGCAGCAUCCCUGGCGCCGCGGGCACCUGCAAGGAGACCUUCAACGUCUACUACCUGGAAACCGAGGCCGACCUGGGCCGCGGGCGGCCCCGCCUAGGCGGCAGCCGACCCCACAAAAUUGACACUAUCGCAGCGGACGAGAGCUUCACGCAGGGCGACCUGGGCGAGCGCAAGAUGAAGCUGAACACAGAGGUGCGGGAGAUCGGCCCGCUCAGCCGGCGGGGUUUCCACCUGGCCUUUCAGGACGUGGGAGCGUGCGUGGCACUGGUCUCUGUGCGAGUCUACUACAAGCAGUGCCGCGCCACGGUGCGGGGCCUGGCCGCGUUCCCAGCCACCGCAGCCGAGAGCGCUUUCUCCACGCUAGUGGAAGUGGCUGGGACAUGCGUGGCGCACUCGGAAGGGGAACCUGGAAGCCCCCCGCGCAUGCACUGUGGCGCCGAUGGCGAGUGGCUGGUGCCAGUGGGUCGCUGCAGCUGCAGCGCUGGAUUCCAGGAGCGCGGUGACACUUGCGAAGCCUGUCCCCCAGGGUUUUACAAGGUGUCCCCGCGGAGGCCCCUCUGCUCACCCUGCCCAGAGCACAGUCGGGCCCUGGAAAACGCCUCCACGUUCUGCGUGUGCCAGGACAGCUAUGCGCGCUCGCCCACCGACCCGCCCUCAGCUUCCUGCACCCGGCCGCCGUCGGCGCCGCGGGACCUGCAGUACAGCCUGAGCCGCUCCCCGCUGGCGCUGCGGCUGCGCUGGCUGCCGCCUGCCGACUCGGGCGGCCGCUCCGACGUCACGUACUCGCUGUUGUGCCUGCGCUGCGGCCGCGAGGGCCCGGCGGGCGCGUGCGAGCCGUGCGGGCCGCGCGUGGCCUUCGUGCCGCGCCAGGCCGGGCUGCGGGAGCGUGCGGCCACUCUGCUCCACCUGCGCCCCGGCGCGCGCUACACGGUGCGCGUGGCCGCGCUCAACGGCGUCUCGGGGCCGGCUGCCGCCGCGGGAGCCACCUACGCGCAGGUCACCGUCUCCACCGGGCCCGGGGUUCCCGGGGAGGAAGAUGAGAUCCGCAGGGAAAGAGUGGAGCCUCAGAGUGUGUCCUUGUCCUGGCGAGAGCCAGUUCCCGCUGGAGCCCCUGGGGCCAACGCCACGGAGUAUGAGAUCCGAUACUUCGAGAAGGGUCAGAGUGAACAGACUUACUCCACAGUGAAGACUGGGGCGCCCAUGGUUACUGUCACCAACCUGAAGCCGGCUACCCGUUACAUCUUUCAGAUCAGGGCAGCUUCCCCAGGACCCUCCUGGGAGGCCCAGAGCUUCAACCCCAGCAUUGAAGUGCAGACCCUGGGGGAGGCCGCUUCAGGGUCCAGGGACCAGAGCCCUGCAGUUGUCGUCACCGUAGUGACCAUCUCAGCCCUCCUCGUCCUGGGCUCCGUGAUGAGCGUGCUGGCCAUUUGGAGGAGACCAUGUGAUGGCAAAGGAGGUGGAGACGCCUGUGAUGAAGAGGAGCUGUACUUCCACUUCAAAGUCCCAACACGGCGCACAUUCCUGGACCCCCAGACCUGUGGGGACCCGCUGCAGGCUGUCCAUCUGUUCGCCAAGGAGCUGGAUUCUAAAAGUGUCAUCCUGGAGAGGAGCCUGGGAGCAGGGCGGUUUGGGGAGCUGUGCUUCGGCUGCCUGCAGCUGCCUGGCCGCCAGGCACUCCCUGUGGCCGUGCACACGCUCAGGGACGGCUCCUAUGACUCCCAGAGGCUCAGCUUCCUGGCUGAAGCCCUUACGCUGGGCCAGUUUGACCACAGCCACAUCGUGCGGCUGGAGGGUGUCGUCACCCGAGGAAGCCCCUUGAUGAUCAUCACCGAGUACAUGAGCCUGGGGGCCCUGGAUGGCUUCCUCAGGCGGCACGAGGGGCAGCUGGUUGCUGGGCAGCUGGUGGGAUUGCUGCCCGGGCUGGCGUCAGCCAUGAAGUAUCUGUCGGAGAUGGGUUACGUUCACCGGGGCCUGGCGGCUCGCCGUGUGCUGGUUAGCAGUGGCCUCAUCUGCAAGAUCUCUGGCUUUGGGCGGGGCCCCCGGGACCGGGCAGAGGCUGUGUACACCACCAUGAGCGGCCGGAGCCCAGCACUGUGGGCCGCCCCUGAGACGCUGCAGUUUGGCCACUUCAGCUCUGCCAGUGACGUGUGGAGCUUUGGCAUCCUCAUGUGGGAGGUGAUGGCCUUUGGGGAGCGGCCCUACUGGGACAUGUCUGGGCAAGACGUGAUCAAGGCUGUGGAGGAUGGCUUCCGUCUGCCACCCCCCAGGAGCUGUCCCCCUACCUUGCACCAACUAAUGCUUGACUGCUGGCAGAAGGACCCAGGUGAGCGGCCCAGGUUCUCCCACAUCCACAGCAUCCUGAGCAAGAUGGUGCAGGACCCAGAACCCCCGAAGUGUGCCACAGCCACCUGCCCCAGGCCUCCCACCCCCCUGGCGGACCGUGCCUUCUCCACCUUCCCCUCCUUUGGCUCUGUGGGUGAGUGGCUAGAGGCCCUGGACUUAUGCCGCUACAAGGACAGCUUCACUGCUGCUGGCUACAGGAGCCUGGAGGCCGUGGCCGAGAUGACUGCUCAGGACCUGGUGAACCUGGGCAUCUCUUCGUUGGAACACAGAGAAUCCCUCCUUAGUGGGAUCAGCGCCCUGCAGGCACGAGUGCUUCAGCUGCAAGGCCAGGGGGUGCAGGUGUGA